AUGCCUGUCAGUGUUUUGGGCGUAGGAGAGCUCCAGCUCCAGAGGCUGUCUCGAGCCUCACAACGCUCUCUUGGACACGAGAGCUGCAGUUGUACCGUCUGUGUUACAUUUAUCGGCCCCGUCUCACUGCUGGCCCCCGUCUCACAGCUGGCCCCCGUCUCACUGCUGACCCCCGUCUCACUGCUGGCCCCCGUCUCACCGCUGGCCCCCGUCUCACUGCUGGCCCCGUCUCACCGCUGGCCCCCGUCUCACUGCUGGCCCCCGUCUCACCGCUGGCCCCCGUCUCACUGCUGGCCCCCGUCUCACUGCUGGCCCCCGUCUCACUGCUGGCCCCCGUCUCACCGCUGGCCCCCGUCUCACUGCUGGCCCCCGUCUCACUGCUGGCCCCGUCUCACCGCUGGCCCCCGUCUCACUGCUGGCCCCGUCUCACCGCUGGCCCCGUCUCACUGCUGGCCCCGUCUCACUGCUGGCCCCGUCUCACUGCUGGCCCCCGUCUCACCGCUGGCCCCCGUCUCACUGCUGGCCCCGUCUCACCGCUGGCCCCGUCUCACCGCUGGCCCCGUCUCACUGCUGGCCCCCGUCUCACCGCUGGCCCCGUCUCACUGCUGGCCCCCGUCUCACUGCUGGCCCCGUCUCACCGCUGGCCCCGUCUCACUGCUGGCCCCCGUCUCACCGCUGGCCCCCGUCUCACUGCUGGCCCCGUCUCACCGCUGGCCCCGUCUCACUGCUGGCCCCCGUCUCACCGCUGGCCCCGUCUCACUGCUGGCCCCCGUCUCACCGCUGGCCCCCGUCUCACUGCUGGCCCCGUCUCACCGCUGGCCCCCGUCUCACUGCUGGCCCCCGUCUCACCGCUGGCCCCCGUCUCACUGCUGGCCCCGUCUCACCGCUGGCCCCCGUCUCACUGCUGGCCCCCGUCUCACCGCUGGCCCCCGUCUCACUGCUGGCCCCCGUCUCACUGCUGGCCCCCGUCUCACUGCUGGCUCCCGUCUCACCGCUGGCCCCCGUCUCACUGCUGGCCCCCGUCUCACCGCUGGCCCCGUCUCACUGCUGGCCCCCGUCUCACCGCUGGCCCCCGUCUCACUGCUGGCCCCGUCUCACCGCUGGCCCCGUCUCACUGCUGGCCCCGUCUCACUGCUGGCCCCGUCUCACUGCUGGCCCCCGUCUCACCGCUGGCCCCCGUCUCACUGCUGGCCCCGUCUCACCGCUGGCCCCGUCUCACCGCUGGCCCCGUCUCACUGCUGGCCCCCGUCUCACCGCUGGCCCCGUCUCACUGCUGGCCCCCGUCUCACUGCUGGCCCCGUCUCACCGCUGGCCCCGUCUCACUGCUGGCCCCCGUCUCACCGCUGGCCCCCGUCUCACUGCUGGCCCCGUCUCACCGCUGGCCCCGUCUCACUGCUGGCCCCCGUCUCACCGCUGGCCCCCGUCUCACUGCUGGCCCCCGUCUCACCGCUGGCCCCGUCUCACUGCUGGCCCCCGUCUCACCGCUGGCCCCCGUCUCACUGCCCGGCCCCGUCUCACCGCUGGCCCCGUCUCACUGCUGGCCCCGUCUCACUGCUGGCCCCGUCUCACUGCUGGCCCCCGUCUCACCGCUGGCCCCCGUCUCACUGCUGGCCCCGUCUCACCGCUGGCCCCGUCUCACCGCUGGCCCCGUCUCACUGCUGGCCCCCGUCUCACCGCUGGCCCCGUCUCACUGCUGGCCCCCGUCUCACUGCUGGCCCCGUCUCACCGCUGGCCCCGUCUCACUGCUGGCCCCCGUCUCACCGCUGGCCCCCGUCUCACUGCUGGCCCCGUCUCACCGCUGGCCCCGUCUCACUGCUGGCCCCCGUCUCACCGCUGGCCCCCGUCUCACCGCUGGCCCCGUCCCACUGUCUGUGA